AUUGCGUGUCAUAAUAAUGGUGUCAUGCUGACAAAAUUAUUGAAUGUGUUUUACAAUAAAACACAUUAUGUUAUUUUUAAUUAUAGAAUAAUAUAAUUUUAAUAAUCUAAAUAAUACAAAAUGCCUUACGUCGCAAAAGAUGGGACAGUUCACAAUAGUCGCCCAUGGAAUUUAGAAAGAUUCGUGGAAAUAUUUUGGGCAUUUAUUGCUUUUAUUCAAUUAUUCUUCAAAACUUUAACUGAUCCAGUUUUAAGUGGUUUCGCUGAUUUUAACAAUCGUCGUAAUGGUCCCGGAGGUGGACCUGGAGGAGGAGGAGGUGGAUGGGGUGGAGGUCGAGGGGGACCAGGUGGUGGAGGUCGUGGAGGGCCUCAGAGAAGAAUUGGACGAAUUGCAACCAUUUCAGAUUGCCAAACUCCUAUGGCUGGUGGUGGGUGAGCUCGUUAAACCCUUUAUAUAAUGGUUAACACUAUUAUUAAAGGGCGUAAAACAAACUGCUUCAUUUACGUUAUACAAAUUCAAAAUUUUUGAUUCUUUACGAUAAAUAAUUAUAAUAAUAAUUUAAAUUCAAUUUCGAUGUACAUUUUUGUGUAACACUAUGACGUAAUUAAUGUUUUUAGUGUGACGUUUAAUUCAUAAACCAUUACAGGGUGGAAUUAAAUCGAUUUUAAAACUUUUUUAAUUACGUUUUAGAAAUG